AUGCCCACUCCGUGUCUGCGCACUUCGAAUUCAACUCCUACUCCUGACCAACAGGACCUGGAGAUGAAAGGUAGUAAACUGAAGCAUCAGGUGGAUAUGGGUUCAAGAGAAACGACCAGAUUUUGUCAUCGAACGGCAGGUGAUCGAUCCGCUAUUACUGCAACUUCAUCUCUCCAACAUCUUGUGGCUUCUUGCAGUCAGUCUACAAACGCUGUUCAGCCUCACACGAGAUCGAUGCCACAUUUCAAAGUGGAUAUGGUUGCAAAGAAGACAAUGGAACACAAUAACGGAUUUGGUGUCCUCCUGUUUGCUGCUCUCUGUUGUGUUUUGGUGAAAUUUGUGCUCUUUUUCACCCCUAUGGAACAUACUCCCUCAGUCCUGACUCUAUUGUUGGCUGUCUUCAAAAACACAUCAAUUGUAGUUGCUUGCAUUGCUUCCCACUCCCAAGUGGUUGUGCAAAGAGGAUUCCAACCUUCAACCCUCCCCUUCCCCUUCCCUACCACAUGCACAAGUAAAUUCUCCCCCAUUCCUCCAUUAAUCCAAGAUCCUCUUCCCUUGAAAUGUAAUGAUGGAUUUGGCUUACCAUGUUUUAUCUAA